GUACCCUCAUGAACAUCCUCGACGCCAUCUCGUACGGCAUGAUCACGUUCCCGACGAGCGUACCCGCAUUCGCCAACUUUGGCGGCAUCGGCGUGUCCAUGUUCUUCGUCUCGUCGCUCAUCGCGCAACUCGUCUUUUCCGGCGGUGGGUCCAUCUUUGCGGCGGGCAACGGGUCCAUGAUGAUCGAGGUCGUGCCCUUCUACCACUCGAUCGUCGGCGUCCUCCAGAAGCACAUCGACGACGACGAGACGCUCGUCGCGACGACCAUGUUCGCGUACGCCACGUCGUCCAUCCUGACGGGCCUCGCGUUCGGCACGCUCGGUGCCCUGCGCCUCGGCCGCCUGAGCGAGUUCUUCCCGCGCCACAUCCUCGUCGGCACGAUUGGCGGCGUCGGCGCGUUCCUCUUCGUCACGGGCCUCCAGGUGUCGGCUCGCCUCGAGGAGGGCAGCGGGUUCUCGCUCGAGCUGGUCCGGCAUUUCUUCGACCUCGAGAUCCUGCCUCUCUGGACCAUCCCGCUCGUCCUCGCCCUCGGCCUGCGCCUCAUCACGGCCAAGUUCUCGCACCCCCUCAUCUUCCCCGCCUACUUCCUCGCCAUCCCUCCCGUCUUCUACAUCGUCGCGCUGUCGGCCCGGGUCCCGGUCGACCGCCUGCGCGCGCUCGGGUGGGUGUUCGAGGUCGACGGCGUCGACAACGAGUGGUACGAGUACAUCACGCACUUCAACCUGCGCAAGACCGACUUUGGCGCCCUCGUCGAGACGAUCCCGACCCAGCUCGCCCUCGUCUUCUUUGGCCUGCUGCACGUCCCGAUCAACGUCCCCUCGCUCGCCAUCUCGAUCGGCGAGGACAACGUCGACACGGACCGCGAGCUCGUCGCGCACGGCGUGUCCAACUUUGCGUCGGGCCUGCUCGGGUCGGUCCCCAACUACCUCGUCUACGUCAACUCGGUCCUGUUCAUCCAGAACGGCGGCACGACCCGCAUCUCGGGCUUCCUCCUCGCCGGCGGCAGCCUCGGCGUCCUCCUCGCCGGCCCGGGCCUCAUCGGGUACCUCCCUGUCUGCGUCGUGUCGGCCCUCAUCUACGUCCUCGCGCUCGACCUUGUCAAGGAGGCCGUCUGGGACACGUACUCGCGCGUGUCGUCGUUCGAGUACGCCACCAUCUGGAUCAUCAUCUUGACCAUGACGGCGUUCGACUUUACGAUCGGUCUCGCCGUCGGCCUCGUCCUUGCAUGUGUCUCGUUCGUCGUCAUGUCGUCGCAGCGUCGCGCCAUCCGGUCCAUCCUGAGCGGCUCGUCGGCGCACUCGACCGUGCGGCGGCACCCGAAGCAGAGCGCGUGGCUCGCCGACGUCGGCAGCCAGAUCCGCAUCGUCAAGCUCCAGGGCUUCCUCUUCUUCGGCACCAUCUCGAACGUCGAGGCGACCGUGCGCAAGCUGCUCGACGCCGCGAGCUGGAGCGACAACCCGAUCCGGUUCCUCGUCGUCGACUUUUCCAUGGCGAGCGGUGUCGACUUUUCGGCGGCCGAGGCGUUCGUCCGCAUGCAGCGCCUCCUCGACGAGCGCGGCGUCGUCCUCGUCCUGUGCGGCUGCCCGUUCGACUCGUCCGUCGGUAUCGCUCUUCGCAGUGUCGACCUGUGGAGCGACCACGCCGAGAACAAGGUCGUCGUCCUCGAGAACCUCAACGACGCCCUCGAGCAUUGCGAGAACGCGUUCCUGCGCAGCCUGUACUCCAAGACGUUCCGCCCGCCGGCCAUCAACACCGGCCCGACGCACUCGGGCGUCGCCAUCGCUUCCCAGAUCGAGAUGCCCAAGGCCGACCUCGACAGCGACAUCGAGGGCUUUGCCUCGUCGCCUCGCGCCAACCACCUUCGAGCUGCGGCGAGGGAGACGAUCUCGAGGGCCGAGGUCCCUCAGUCCAAGAUGAACUUCCAGCAGCCGCUGCCGAUCCUCCUCCAGGCCUUCCAGCCCUACUCGCCCGACCUCAACGAGGACUACUGCUUCCGUCUCGUGCCGUACUUCAAGCGCGUCAACGUCGAGCGAGGGACCCAGCUCUGGGCGCAUGGGUCCGAGCCCGACGCCUUCUACGUCAUCGAGUCGGGCAUGCUGCGCGCGACCUACACGUUCGCCAACUCGGCACACACGAUGACCGAGUCGAUGGUCGCCGGCACGGUCGCGGGCGAGAUGUCGUUCCUGUCGCGCACGCCGCGCAACACGAGCGUCGUCGCCGAGCGCGACAGCACGCUGUGGAAGAUGGAGGUCGGCGCACACGAGGAGCUCGGCCGCAAGGAAGGGUGGCAGUUUGCGAGGCGGUUCGAGGAGGUCGUGCUCAAGAUUGCGACGGCCGAGACCGAGGUGCUCAUGGGCCACCUCAUGUCGAGUUUGUGAGCGGCGGGUCGGGUCGUAGCUGCAUCUCUCUCUCUCCAUCUCUCUCUACAUUAGGCACUUGCAUUGGACUGCGCCGUACGAGCUU